GCCGCCGCGCUGUCCUCCUCCUCCUCCGCGGCGGCGGCGGCGUCCUCCUCUUCCUCCUCGUCGGGCCCGGGCUCGGCCAUGGAGACGGGGCUGCUCCCCAACCACAAACUGAAAACCGUUGGCGAAGCCCCCGCCGCACCGCCCCACCAGCAGCACCACCACCACCACCAUGCCCACCACCACCACCACCAUGCCCACCACCUCCACCACCACCACCACGCACUACAGCAGCAGCUAAACCAGUUCCAGCAGCAGCAGCAGCAACAGCAGCAGCAGCAGCAGCAACAACAUCCCAUUUCCAACAACAACAGCCUCGGCGGCGCGGGCGGCGGCACCGCUCAGCCCGGUCAGGAUAUGGAGCAGCCGCAACAUGGAGGCGCCAAGGACAGUGCCGCGGGCAGCCAG